AUGGAUCAUAUUAUUUCUUGUUUGAUUGAUUUUAGAGCUUCUGCUAAUUCUUUGUUAUCUAAUUAUGAGCCUUUGGCUUUGGUUCUGGUUCCUCUUCUCACUCUCUUUAUUGCCGGAAUUAUUCAAUCAUUUCUUCUUCUUAUUCACGAUAAUGGUCUCAAAUCCACCAUUUUAGGGUUUCUAAUCUCCGCGGUCAAGAUGGUGCCUGGUGUCAAGGGUUACAUAGAUGCAGAGAAACAGAAGGUUGUGGAGAAGUUGCAGUCUGGAAGUGAUUCUAAAAGAGAAGGCUGGAUAUCAGAGUUACCAAGGGAAGGUUUAGGAGUAGCAGUGAUAGAGAAUCUGAAAGAGCAGAAAAGAAAUGAUGUGGUUUGGCAAGGAAAAUGUUCUGGUACAGUCUACAUUGGAGGGAGUGAAUCUGAAGGACAUUUUUCUCUGAUAAAUGAGGCAUGCUCAAUGUUUGCACACACCAAUCCACUGCAUUUGGAUGUGUUCAAAAGCGUAGCACGAUUUGAGGCAGAAGUGGUAGCAAUGACAGCAGCGCUACUUGGUAGUAAAGAAAAAUCUUCUGGAGGAGAAAUAUGUGGUAACAUGACAUCAGGAGGAACUGAAAGUAUAUUAUUGGCUGUGAAAUCAUCCCGUGACUAUAUGAAGGCUAAGAAGGGAAUUAAAAGACCAGAAAUGAUCAUACCUGAAUCAGCGCACUCAGCAUAUGACAAGGCAGCACAAUAUUUCAACAUCAAGCUGCGGCGUGUUCCAGUAAAUAAAGAAUUUCAAGCUGAUGUCAAAGCAAUAAGGCGGCAAAUUAACAAGAACACUAUUUUGAUUGUUGGAUCUGCACCUGGGUUUCCUCAUGGCAUCAUUGAUCCUAUUGAGGAGCUUGGUGAAUUGGCUUUUAGCUAUGGAAUAUGUCUCCAUGUUGACCUUUGUCUUGGUGGCUUUGUAUUACCUUUUGCUCGUAAGCUUGGGUACCCGAUUCCACCUUUUGAUUUUUCCGUUAAAGGAGUAACCUCAAUAUCAGUGGAUGUUCAUAAAUAUGGACUGGCACCAAAAGGAACAAGUGUAGUUCUAUACAGAAAUCAUGCUAUUAGAAAGCAUCAAUUUGUUGCUGUGACUGAGUGGUCAGGUGGGCUCUAUGUCUCCCCUACCAUUGCUGGAAGCAGGCCUGGGAGUUUGAUUGCCGGGGCAUGGGCAGCAUUGAUGUCUAUAGGGCUAGAAGGGUACCUGGAAAACACUAAAGAAAUAAUGGAAGUAUCAAAGAGAAUACAAAAAGGGAUCAAGGAAAUACCUGAGUUAUUUAUCGUUGGAAGGCCAGACAUGACAAUCGUUGCAAUUGGAUCUAAUGAGCUAGACAUAUUUGAAGUCAAUGAUAUCAUGUCAUCCAAAGGCUGGCAUUUGAAUGCAUUGCAGAGGCCCAACAGCAUUCAUAUCUGUGUUACCCUUCAGCACGCACAAGUUUUUGAGGACUUCCUCCGAGAUAUGAGGGAUUCUGUACAAACUGUGAAACAAAAUCCUGGUCCAAUAACUGGAGGCUUAGCUCCAAUAUAUGGUGCUGCUGGGAAGAUACCUGAUAGAGGUAUGGUACAGGAAUUGUUGGUGAGCUACAUGGACGGUGCAUGCUGA